AGUUUGCGUUGCGAGUCUUUAUAGGGUGUUGUUUUCCGUGAGCUUGUACGUAGGCGGGAAUUCGAUCGAUACUGAAAUCUCACUAGGCCGAACGAAUAACAUGUUGUGCUUUGUUUAAAAAUAAACCAAUACAACUAUAACGAUAACAAUGGCAAAAUUAAUAGUGCUUUGUUUUGCUGUAUUUCUUACUGCGAAUGCCGAAUUUACUUGGAGACAUCAUAAUAAUGAAGAGUUGCCGCUAAUAUUGGAGGAAGUUCAUCAAAAAUGUCCAAACAUAUCGAGAGUUUAUGCUCUUACCGAGCCGUCGGUACAAAAUGUUCCUCUUUACGUGAUUGAAUUCUCGGAUAAACCAGGAAUCCAUCAGCCUUAUAAGCCUGAAGUGAAAUAUAUCGGGAAUAUCCACGGGAAUGAGGUGCUUGGUCGUGAGUUGCUGCUAGGCCUGGCCCAUUAUUUGUGCGACCAGUACUUGAACCGCGACCGCCGCAUUCGAGCGCUCAUACACAACACGCGCAUCCAUUUGAUGCCUUCCAUGAACCCUGAUGGAUGGCAGCUGGCAACAGACACAGGAACCCAGGAUUAUCUCAUUGGUCGCUACAACAACCACACUGUGGAUCUGAACCGGAACUUCCCUGAUCUGGACGCCAUCACAUUUGAGCUUGAGAGACAGGGCAUCAACCACAACAACCACUUACUGAGAGACGUGACCCGUCUCGCUGCUCCUCUUGAGCCUGAGACACGAGCGGUGAUGCGAUGGAUGAUGUCCAUACCGUUCGUACUGAGCGCGGCCAUGCACGGCGGCGAUCUGGUUGCCAACUACCCGUACGACGAGAGCCGCAGCGGCGCGCCCGUCUCCGAGUACUCGGCCAGCCCCGACGAUGAUACUUUCAGGGCGCUGGCCCUGGGCUACGCAAUGAAUCACGCCGACAUGGCGUCCCCGCGCCGCCCGGGCUGCCACGCCACCAGCGCCGACGACUCCGCCACCUACAACUUCGGCAAGCAGGGCGGCGUCACCAACGGCGCGGCCUGGUACAGCCUGAAGGGAGGCAUGCAAGAUUUCAACUACUUGGCCACGAACGCAUUUGAAGUGACUUUGGAGCUGGGAUGCGAUAAGUUCCCUAGUGCGGACAAACUGGAGGCCGAAUGGGAGAGGAACAGGGAAGCUAUGUUGGCCUACUUGUGGAAGGCGCAUACUGGAGUGAAGGGUGUGGUGACUGAUGAUUCUGGGUUUAUUCAGAACGCUGUGAUCUCCGUAGUGAACAUUACUAGACCGAUACCGAGGCCUAUCCGACAUGAUGUUACUACUGGUGCUUUCGGCGACUACUAUCGCCUCCUGACGCCGGGACACUACGAGAUAACUGCGAGUCAUCCCGGCUACUUCUCAGUGUCACGAGUGGCUACAGUACCUCACAACCAGAACCAAGCGCACAUCCUCAACUUUAAACUAGAGCCCACAAGCAGCUGGUUCGACGACGAGAUCGGGCCGUACCCGCGCGGGCUGCGCGAGGGCCAGCCGCGCAUCUACAAGCGCUCGCUCUACGAGAGGGUCGUCAACACCAUGGUGAAGCCCGACCAACAUUAAACGAAGUAAAACAACCACAGGUAGCACGAUCACGUUUAUAUCCGUUAUGUAUUCUUUCAGGUACCGAACAGUUCAAUACUAUAAUAUAAAUACAAGUCCAAUGCCAAGUAUCCAUACCAACGUUGUUUUUGGUUCUUACGAAAAUAUUUCAUCUUAGAAUUGGUUCAUUCAAAUAAUAGUUUUCCCUAAGAUAUUUAAGUCAUUUUGGGCAAUAGUUGGGUUGCACGUUUGAAAGAUAGUACCUGGAUCACCAGAUUACGUUGCCGCUGUGUGAAAUUCACACAUAUUGGGUGUGCUCCCGGUACUCGUUUUUUAAUCUUUCAAUACAAGAACAGUAUCGGAACAAGGCAAUCGCCUUGCAAAAUCAUUGCUGCAUUCCGUAGUGUGAAUUGGCUAAGUCAAAAUGGCAAAUGUUGGACAUCGAAAUUCGUCUAUUUUCGCCUCUACUGCUAUUUGGAGUUACACUGCCACUGCUACAGUGAGAUAGACGAAUUUAGAAAAUUUAUAUUCGCGGUAGGCUUCCAGGACCGUCUAUUGGGACGAGUAUUGCUAAAUUUAGCUUGUAAAUGUUAUUGCUACAAGAUAUAAAAUAUGCCAAUUACUGUGUGUUCUAUAUUUAAGGGAGUUAUUUUCAGCAGCGGGCAGGCCGAAAAAUUAUAGAGAUGACGAUAUAUAAUUAUAAAGAAUUCGUCAUAGCUGGUUAGAUACAAAUGAAGGGUAUAAACGUGAUCAUGUUAUAGAGGAUCUCACGCGCCGCGACAAGGACGGGAGGUAACUGUCAAGGAAAGGGCAAUAAUAAUAUAUGGUUGGUAUAUUUUUAAUGCAAUUUCCUUUAGGCGGCAUUUAUCCACGCACAUUCUUCUUUCAAGUUUUAAUGUCAGGGCCAGAGCAGCCUAUAAUAUCUGCAUUGUUGCAGUAAAGUAAUGAUAAAGUGCAGAAAGUUAAUAAAAAAACCUUGCAGUGAAGUUUCACUAGAUAGUGCCUCAACUUUAUCAACCUCAAAUGAAGAUCUCUUUGCGAUUUUAUUCGAUGUUUUCGUCCUGUUUGUCGCGACGCGCGUUUUAGGACAUGUUAAAACUGAUUUUCGCGAUUAUUAUCAAACACAAUUAAAAAUAACAUAUGUAUCCAUUACACCAAAAGUCAGUUUGUAUUUGGACUAAUUUUAACCCUCUUACUGCCUAAGGUUGUAGUUGAUUUACAUUCAAUAACAAGUCAAUUUUUUAUGUAAGUUUUUCUGGUUGCUUUUGGCAAUACGAGGGUUAUAAUUACUUGUUGUUUAAAAUGUAUAUCACAACAUUUGAUCAGAGGUAUGUAAGUAAAGUAAGCAAAUAUUUUAUUUAUCGUACUACUAAAGUGCCAUAAAUAGUAGAUCAUUUGGUUAUAUUUUAGAGUAUAUAAUACAAACCCUGGCAAUGUCACAAAGAUUUAGAGCCUCAUGUAGGUUUAUAGACGUUUAUUGUUGCAUGUUACCAGUAGUAAAUAUUUUCUAGUCCUCAGUGAAGUACCUUCUAUGUAUAAAGCUCCGUUAGGUUAGUGGAUGUAAGAGUUAACCCUUCGAGCACUGCUGUUAGCUAAUUUGAUUAUUGAUAAGGUUUUAUCAUUAAGGCGAGGUAUGUUUCGGUGCGAUUUUCUAUCGAUUAAACUUUAUGAAUAAAUCGAAAAAGUCGCAAAUAUACGAGGGCAUAGUAUCCCUUGAUGCUAGAAAGAUUUUUUUUUAACUGACUGAUUAACCUAACGGUUAGUCAGCCAAGUCUUCUGCCGUAUAAUAAUACUACAAACUGCAUGUCUUUAAUGUCUGAAAACCUGAAAUUGACAUCUAUGCCGAUAAUAAACUAGUAUGACAGCAGUCAUCAAGGGGUUAAGUAAUAAUUAGUAUUUUGUUGAAAAUGAGAUUUGUAUAAUUAUUAAUUUUAUAACCUUUAGGUAAAUAUUGGCAGCUAAAGUUUUUUACACUAUUUAUUUUUAAACCUUUACUUUUUUAUAUCUAUUCUAUAAUUAUUGUGAACUGUAUGUACCUACCUAAAUGUAUUUGAACUCGAAUCAUUCCUCUUAACUCGACCACUUAACCAUUCCUCUAAAUAUAGUUUAUUAUUGUAAUGUAAUGUGUAAACUUGUAGGUUAUAUAAUAUUAAUGUAAAGUUCACAAGUGUUUGACACUGAAUAAUGAAUAAAAUAUGAGAUUUUGUGUGA